GUCGUCGUCGUCUUCUCCCCCCAGCCCACCGACAACCACCACCACCACCGCGUGUGCGUGCCCACGAACUCAAUCAUUCAUCCUCAUUCGUUCGUUCGUUCAUCCCACCACUAUCUCCAUUUCUCUGCCAUUUCAUUCUCCCUCUCUCUCUCGGUCUCGAUUCUUUCCGAGGUAGCUCGUGCUGCGGGGGAGCCUCCCUGCUUGCGGUUCCUUCCUUUCUGGGCCUUUGCUUUGUCAAUGAACUUAAUGCCAACUCACUUUUUUGUUGGAUAAUUGAGAGAGGACGACGGUUUUAUCUUUUUUGUUGGAUAAUUGAGAGAGGACGACGGUUUUAUCUUCAUCCAUUGUGCAAAUUAUAUACAUAAGCUCUGUGUAUAUAGUGUUGCAACAAUGGUGUUAGGUCUCCGGAGCAAGACGAGGAAGGAUGUGCCCUUCCAUGUAGACUUCAAUAUCUUCAUUCAAGAAAUCAGCCCAUGGCCUCCUUCUGAAUCUCUCAAGUCUUUGAAAUCUGUGGUCCUCUUCUGGGAAAAUGGCGAGCGCAAUUCGGGGAAGACUAAUGCCGUUGCACCUUCAAUUGGAUCAGGUACCACACUAGGAAAGAUUGAAUUUAAUGAGUUCAUCAACCUACAGGCUGUUUUUCAGAAGGAGGGGUCAUCCAAGAGUGGUAAAUGGCAGAAGAACCUGCUUGAGCUGAAUCUGUAUGAACCAAGGAGGGAUAAACUGAAAGGACAGCACUUAGGGACUGCAACGCUGGACUUAGCUGAGCACGCGAUGUUUCACGAGGACACAAGUGUUCCUGUGCCACUUAACUCCAAGAGGAGCUUGAGAAACAACGCGCAGCCCAUGGUUUACCUUCGGAUUCAGCCUUUGGAUGGCGAUAACUCGAGUGUUUCCUCACGAGAUGCAUUAUCAAAAGAGGCAUCAGUUGAUAGGGAUUCAAAAGAAGUGAUGUCGGCAACAAUGAGUGAGGAGUACACUGAGGAUACUGAGUUUGCUUCCUUUACUGAUGAUGAUGAUGAGGAAGCUCCAUACCCUUACCGCUCAGAUGGGAAUGCACGUAUCAGCAGUAAUAGAUCUCAGGAGUCUCUCAAGGGAAAGGAUGUAAGAACAAUUGGUAGUGAAGACUCCAGAUCACCAUUUGAUUCCCAGCGUGAAAUGCCAUCUUCCAGUACAAAAGUGAGGAGUGAAGAAGUUGAAAAGUAUCCAAUUCAAGUCCAAAAGGCAAAUGGCCAUCCAGGGAAUCUAUCUCUUUUAUCAGAUUUGCCUGGUGAACAAACCCCAUCGUUUCCACCACAAAAUGCUCUGAGAGCUGGUCGUAAAAUGUCAUUUGCUUAUGGCAUGAGUGACUCCCACCAAAGAAACUUUGGGGAGAGAACAUAUAGUACCCUAACUAGUGAUAGAGUGAAAAAUAUGAGGUACAGUAUGAGAGUUCCAGAUUUUAGUGGAAGUAUCAUUAAUAAGAAAGUUGAUUCUGAGAAGGAAGAAGUGAAAGAAGUUGACUCCCAAGAUAUCGCACCCUCUCAUGAUAGAGCUGAUGCCUUUGAUCGAGCACAAGCCCAGGUGCCAAUACGCAUAUCAAAUAACCGUAAUGACAGCAAAAUUCGAGAACUAGAGCUUAGGGUUGAGUUGCUUGAAGCAGAGUUGCGAGAAACUGCUGCUGCUGAGAUAGGCCUUUAUUCAGUGAUUGCUGAACAUGGUAGCUCAGCAAACAAGGUACACACACCAGCGCGAAGGCUCUCUAGGCAUUUCCUUCAUGGGUUUAAAAAUUGGUCUAAAGACAAAAUGGGAAGUGCAGCAAGAAGUGCUUCCUCUGGUUUGGUUUUGGUUGCAAAAGCUUGUGGAUAUGAUGUGGCAAGGUUGAGUUUCUGGCUCUCAAACUGUGUGGUGUUGCGAGCAAUUGUUUCUGAAACAUCUAAGCAAUCUAAUGGCAGUGCUAUCAAUUAUGUUGGCAAAACAACACCCAGAAGGAAUUCUGCAUCAAUGUGGGAAUCUCUUAACCGGAAGAAAGGAAAAUUGCUUUCCCCUGAGUUUGAUAACUGGGAAGAUGUUGACACAUUUAUAGCCGCACUAAAGAAGAUUGAAUCAUGGAUAUUCUCACGAAUUGUUGAAUCCAUUUGGUGGCAGGCAUUCACACCACAUAUGCAAUCUGCUAAUGUAAGCAGUGAACCAUUGCCUAGUUCAAAUGCAAAGAAAUGUUAUGGAAGGAUUACUGUUGUGGGCAAUCAACAACAAGCAACCUUAUCAAUUGACAUAUGGAAAAGGGCUUUCAAGGAAGCAUCUGAAAAGCUUUGCCCAGUAAGGGCAGCUGGACAUGAGUGUGGAUGUCUGCCUUUGUUGGCCAAAUUGGUAAUGGAGCAAUGCAUAGCUAGGUUGGAUGUAGCAAUGUUCAAUGCUAUUUUGAGGGAAUCAGAUGAUGAGAUUCCAACAGAUCCCAUGUCUGACCCAAUAACUGAUCCUAAGGUCCUUCCUAUACCAUCUGGGAAAUUCAGUUUUGGUGCUGGGGUCCAACUGAAAAAUGCUAUUGGCAGCUGGUCCAGAUGUCUUACUGACUUGUUUGGUAUGGACAUGGAUGAGUAUCCUGAAGUUGAGAAUGGGAAUGGUGACAAUGGUGCUGCUGAAAUCCGCAAGCCAUUUUAUCUCCUAAAUGCAUUGAGUGACCUACUAAUGAUCCCUAAAGAUGUACUCAUGGACACCAGUACUAGGAAAGAGCUUUGCCCUACCUUUAGCUCAUCAAUAAUCAAGAGAAUCCUUGAUGGCUUUGUACCAGAUGAUUUUUGUCCAGAUCCAGUUCAACAUUCCUUGCUUGAAGCACUGGAGUCAGAGGAGCAUUUGGAGGGCAACAUCAAGGGCAUCCGAGCGGUCCCAUGCAGCGCGUUGCCCAUCCUAUACCCUUACCCUGCAUCAGGCGCGAUACUAAGCAUGAUUGGUGAUCCUAGGAAGAGCGGAUCGGCCAUUCUUCGCAAGUCCAACACGAGCGACGACGAGCUCGAUGAGCUGAGCUCGCCAUUGACCUUCAUCUCCAAGGCGUCGUUGAACCCGCUGGCAAAGUUGAAGCAGAUUGGGAGCCCAAACACAGCCAGGUACAGGCUCCUCCAUGAGGUGUGGAAGCUGGAUGACCAGUAGUAAUAUGAGGGUGUCCUAGGCUCCUAGCAGCAUCAGAUGCUGCUUGCUUCUCUUCUGUAAAUACAAGCAAUCUUUUGGUUUUCUGAUGGUCACCAAGGUGAUUCCCAGGCAAAAUUCACAAGCAAGACCAGAGGAAGAAACUACAAGUGUUGAGUUGGAAAUAACAUUUUCUGUUUUUUGGUUCUUCUAUAUAUGUAAGAAUGUUGUAAGAUCAUCUGAAUCUUGCUCCAGUGUGUUGCCAGGUCCCUGAAUUGCCCCCAUGAAUUUCUUCUAGUCACUCCCUUGCCUACAA